CAAUUUAGCGAGUCCCAGUCAUGGCCUCUCGCCACAUUGUCCUAAUGGCAUCACGGAAGCACAAGUGGACGCUGAUCAUACUGGUCGUGGCUCUCUUAGCCCCGCUGUUCGCUGACGGCGCGGCCAUGACGGCAAAGUCUAUUCGAAAGGCGCUGGCGAAAGUGGGCAAAAAGGCGCUCAAGGCUGUCAAGUCGAGCGGAUCGAAGUCGUCGGCCGAGUUUUGCUGGAAAAAUUCAUAUGGUCGCGGAGUCGGAAAAAUCCCGGAGUCGUGCAAACCAGGUCAAGAUCGCAUUGGACUGCUCUGCUACGACAAAUGUCCUCCCAACUUUGCAAGAUUCGGCUUUGAUUGCCACCAAGUGUGCUCACGUGGAUUUGAAGACCAAGGGUUGUUCUGCCGCAAGAAGGAAUACGGUCGAGGUGGAGGAUAUCCUUGGAAAUUUGGAGACAGAGCGUUUCGUUUGGAUGGAGCUCGCGAACGUUGCGAACGGGACCACGGCCGAGGCCGUUGCGAGCAAAAUGGAGCCAUGAUGUACCCCAAAUGCAAAGAAGGGUAUUAUCCAUUUGGUUGCUGCAUGUGUCGACCCAAUCGAUUCGACUGCAAAGCGUUGGGUUAUCAAGGCCAGUUGGAUUUGAGUUGCUCGAAGCAUGUCCGAGUGAGCAAGCCGCAUGUUGGGGUUUGUCCUGCAGGUCAAGAAAACCAAGCUGGUCUGUGCUACAAAACGUGCACUGGCGGGUUCAAGGGCGUUGGUCCGGUGUGCUGGGGCCAACCUCCCAGCGGAUGGGUCAACUGCGGGAUGGGAGCUGCCGUUGACAGCUUCACAUGCGCGGAGAUUCUAGCCGACCAAAUUUUGUCCGUGGGUCAGUUGGCGUUGAAUGUUGUGUCGGGGGGCGCUUCCAGCGGUCUCAAGUCCGGGUGGAAGUUAAUCAAGAGCAAAGGGUUGAUCAAAAAAUUACGGAAAAAGGUGGACGGCAAGCUGGGGUUUGAUUUUCUCGAUAAAUUGGAGGCGUCCAAGGAUCCGGCAGAUAUGGUGCGGUUGGCUGCAUCCAUCACAGCCAUGUUAGACCCGACUGGGGCGUCCGACGUCGUUCAAGCAUAUGCCUACAGCACCUGCGACAAGGUUACGCAAUAAGUGUCAUAGAUUGAAUCCAGUCUUUGUACGAGCCAUAGCAGUGCCUGCUGAAGGCAUUUCCAUCCAGAACGGGGAGGUGAAGCAUCCAUUCGACAAGCUCAUUAUACGAGCUUUAUUGCUUUUGUUCUCCAUGCAUUCACCGGGUUGCAGUUUAGAUAUGCCUUCAACGCUGUACUACUUUGGUAAG